AUGGCGAACAGAACGUCCACCAUCUUCACCGUCGCUAGUGCAACCGUCCUCGCUGGCCUCGUCGCGUAUGUCGUUUACUUCGACUACAGGCGGAGAAACGAUACUGAGUUCCGCAAGAAACUGCGGAAGGACAAAAAACGCGUCACAAAACAGCAUGCGGAGGCCGAAGAGGCUGCGAAAGUUGCUGUUAAAGUCAGUCCAGAGGAUCUGAAGGCUGCUUUGGCCAAAGUCCGUGACGAAGAGGUUCCUACUUCGCCGGAAGACAAGGAGCAAUAUUUCAUGACUCAGGUCGGGCUUGGUGAACAACUCUGUGCUCAAGGUCCCAAUUUCUACCUCCCAGCCGCUCUCUCCUUCUACCGCGCUCUCCGUGUCUAUCCUUCCCCCGUUGAGCUCAUCGUUAUAUAUCAAAAGACUGUUCCAGAACCUAUCUUCAAUGUUGUAAUGGAAUUAAUGAACAUGGACGUGAAAGCGCGCGUUGAAGGUUAUUACAAUGUCUUCCCGCGUAAGAGCAUGAACGUAUCCGUACGGCCAGCACCUAGCGACAGCCUCCGGAAGAUCCUCGUCGUAGAAAAAGACUUCAAGGCUGGCGAAGUGAUUUACAAGGAAGAACCAACUGUGGCCGUCCUCGACGCCGACCUGCAAAAAAAGGGCACACACUGCUCGCACUGUCUGCGCGACAUUCAAAAAGGCAUGGCGAUCUGCCCCACCGAUCGCCUCGACUCCGUGUACUGCUCCAAAGAUUGCCAAGUGCGCUCUAAAGUGCAAUCACAAAACCUCCUCUUCGGACUCGACUCCGUUCUCCCGCCGGAGCUUGACAACGGCACGGGCAGGCUCACUGAACAGGAGCGCGACCGCGCACAGACGCAGUUCGCCGCGUACAUCAAGAAUUCCACCCGCGCCGCGCCCUUGCUGGUAGCCCGCUUCAUCGCGCGCCAGGUUGCGAUCGAGACCGCAAAGAUGAUGCCGAAGAAGGAAGGCCCGCUCGCAGACGAGUUCGUCAAUGCGGAUAAGACCGACGCGGAGUACAGCCUGUACGAUCACGUGGAGCGCCUGCGCUUCCUCGACGGGAAGGUGUCGGAUGAGGAGACGAAGCUGCUCAAGGACGUGCUCGCUGCGGCGCUCCCCGGCCUUGAGCAGUCGCUCACGUCUGAGCGCCACGCGAUGUACAUCGGGAAGAUGACUUACAAUGCGAUCGGUGUGUGCUUUGCGGGCGGGCGGGACGACAAGCCUACGCCCAAGGAACGGCCGGAAGACCAGGAGCGAACGCGCACGCCGUACGGCACUACGCGCCAGAUCGGCAGUGGCCUCUAUCCCGUUUCGUCCUACAUUGCGCACUCCUGCGCGCCCUCCGCGCGACCCUCGUUCAGCUCCGGCACGUCUGAGUUGCACCUGAUCGCGACGCGCAACCUCGAGAAGGGCGAGGAGGUCACAAUGGCGUACGUCGACGUCACGCAGCAUCCCAACGAGACCCUUGCGGAGGCCCGCCGUCGUCGCCGCAUCGAGCUCGCACGCGGCUGGCGGUUCAAGUGCGAGUGUACAAGGUGCGUGGAGGAGCUAGCGGCCGCGCGCAAUGCCGCGGGCGAGGCCGGGAGCGAGAGCGAGAGCGACGUGGGCGUUCAAAAGGACGAGUCAAAGGUGGAGGAUGUCGUCCAGCGCGUCGAGAGGGGCGCGAAGCUUACGAUGCCAGCCGCGGGUCCCAUCGACUAA